GCUUCAUACCGCCGAUAAUUUGGUCCUCUUUGGGGGUAACUGUUAAAUGAUGCUGACAGACUGCCGGUGAUAGUCGGAACAUCUGGCUGACUAAAAGUCUCUCCGUUGAGCGACCGAAGACUGGAGGAAAAGCACCAUUACCGCCGACGGGUUUGAAGUAAUCGGUCAACAGGCGCCUUUUUUUUUGCACCGGGUUGUGACGCAAACACGCAGUUAAAGGCGUUUCCAGAGACGCAUGAAGGUCAAUGUAGUUUUUCAGCAGAUGAGGGAUCUUCAGGACGUUGACAACUUGCUCUUGAAAGAGUUGAAGUCAUGUUGUGCAAAAGAGUACCACUUUCUUCCCAGGGAGACGGGCCUGAAGCUGAUGGAGACGGCCUCCACAGAGAAUCACAGUGGAGUGUCUGCAAAAUGCAGAGACACCAGAGUGGAAGAGCUGUGGGGCCUGACCAGUUUCUUUGGCUACUGCACCCAAACUUUUGUUCAAGCUGUCAAUUUGCUUGAUAGAUUUCUCACCGUUAUGAAGGUGCAGCCUAAACACUUGCCCUGCAUUGGAGUUUGCUGUCUUCACAUUGCUGCCAAAAUGGUUGAGGAGGAGAGCAAUGUCUCACCCACCCAUGAGCUCAUUCGCAUCAGCCAAAGCAAGUUCACCGUGUCAGACCUGUGUCGUAUGGAGAAGAUCAUCUCAGAGAAGCUCAGUGUGGAACCGAAAGCAGUGACGGCCUUAACCUUUCUACACCUCUACUACUCAGCCUUCACAUCCCUGUCUGCUGGAAGGGAGGAGAUCCCAAGCAUUGGGAGACUGGAAGCCCAGCUAAAAGCCUGCUUAUGCCGGCUUGUUUUCUCUAAAGCAAAACCAUCCGUGUUGGCGCUGGCCCUCAUUGCUCAGGAGUUUGAAGCCCUCCAGGCAGUCGUGUUGUUGAAGACUGUCGUGCAGUUCCAAAGACAUGUAAAGAUCAGUGACAGUGAGCUGCUCCAGUGGAAGGACCAUGUAGCCAAGUGCAUGGCGGAGUACCGCUCAAGCGAAUGCAACAAACCGGACAACAAAAAGCUUGUUUGGAUCGUGUCGAGGAGGACCGCUCAGAAUCUUCAGGCCAGUCACUUCAGUGUGCCUGGUCUGCCAACUAUUCCUGAGAGGAGCUGGGAUGAGAGUGAGAGCGAGGACUCCUGUGAGGACCUGAGCUGCGGAGAAGACAGUCUGUGCGGCUCGUUGGGGAGCGACGGUGAAGGAGAUUUCUUCCCCUCCAAUUUCCUCAACUGCAGAGAGUAACGACUCCCAGUUGUGCAGUAACACCAGAUGUGUAUUUGUCCCCUGAAUAGUAACAGAUUUCGGGGCAGACCUGUGUGUCUCACUUGUGUAUCGUGUAUCGUAUGUACGCCAAGUGACGGGUUUGGAUUAUUAAGUGCCUGUGUUAAUUCAUUUUACUGUUACUCUAAUGUAAAACAAACUUAAAAAAAACAAAAACAUAUCAUAAUAGUGCAAAAUGGAACUUUGCAAUAUCUCGGCAGCUCGAUGGCAAUACAUGUGAAUGUCUUCUUCUGUUUGUGUCCAAACUCGACACAUUCCAGGAAAACUAGUGAGGCACAAGUAACAACUUUAGGAUGUCAGUAAUUAGACGCCUUCAUUGUUGAAUACCAGCUAACACACUAGCACAUCCGAAGUCUUUUUUUUAAAUAUAUACUCAAUGCCAUACAUAUUUACAGUAUCCUGCAGUUGUCAGUGUGCUAACAUAUGUUAUUCUAAUGUGAAAUAUGACAUUGUGGUGGCGAAAUACCAGCCUGUAAAUGCAUGAAUGAUUUUUAAUAUUUGACAAUGAGUGUUGUUCAUGUUUACCGAGAUAAGCUUACUGGGAAAAUAUAUAUAUUUAUAUAUGUGUGUCCCAUUAGGGGUGGGACGUUAACGCGUUAAUUUCGAUUAACUAAUUAUGGGAAAAUAACGAAUUAAAUAUUUUAAUCGCACUUUGCACCGUGGAACGUUUCUCAGUGCACGAGUUCCAGGCAUACAGAUUAUAUCGACGCACGAUGUCAAAAAUUCAGGGGCCGCAUCCUUCGAAGGACCCGGCCCACGUAGACCGCAAAGGCCUGAAGUGAGCGGCUAUCCUUCAUAUCAGCGUCGCCUGCCCUCACCUCUGUGUAGCUCAUGUCGUGUAGCAGCCGUGAGUGUGAAGCACAGCUGUGUAAAAACAGCUGGUUAAACGGAGAACGAACUUUUGCUCCU